AUGACUACCUCUAUUGAAGGUCACGUAUAUGAAAGUUCCAAAACAUAUCGUUCAUCUUCAUCGAUAUCAUUCAAUAGUAUUCAUAAUGAUGCAUUAACGGAUUCAUGGUUGGCAGAUUUAGAAUCUAAAAUUUCAAGCAAUGCAAUUUAUGAUGAAUUUGAUUCAAUUCCAUUCUACCGAUUUAAUAGUUCAAAUGACGAUGGACGACAAACAGAAAAUAUUCGUCGAAAUCGUUAUACAGAUGUUAUUCCAUAUGAUGAUACUCGUGUACGAUUAACUCCAACAAAAGAUAAUCCAAAUGGUUAUAUCAAUGCAUCUCAUAUAAAAUUUGGAAUUGAAAAUACGAUUUCAUCUUAUAUAGCAACUGAAUUUCCAUUACCAUCAACUAUAUCUGAUUUUUGGCGAAUGGUAUUUGAUUAUCAUAUACAUGUUAUUAUAAUGCUUGUUGGAUGUAAUGAGAUUCAAUUAUGUACAAAUUAUUUUCCUCGAACUAAAUAUGAAACAUGUCGAACAGAUGAAUUUGAAAUAAAAUUUAUUUCGGAACAAAAUCAACCAGAUUUUUCUAUUCGUCAACUAUGUAUGAAAGAUCUUAAUGAACAUCGAACACGUACAAUUAUUCAUCUACAAUAUACAACAUGGAAUAGUAAACAAUUACCAUUAAAUACAUUUUCAUUUAUUAAUUUUAUUAAUAUGGCUGAUACAUUUCGACGUCAUUAUGGAGAAAUAAAUCCAUGUCUUGUUCAUUGUACAGCUGGUAUUGGUCGAACUGGAAUAUUUAUUCUUAUUCAUAUAAUGAUUCAAUGUAUUACAUUUAAUAAAAAAAUAAGUGUAGCAAACGUGUUAAAAGUAAUGCGUGAAUAUCGAAUGUCAUUUGUUGAUCGUACAUAUUCAUAUAUAUUUGUAUAUCAUUGUCUUAUUGAUUAUCUUAAAUCAUCUAGACUUAUUUAA